GCUAUGGUAACUGCAUGACGUAGGAGCCUAUGACAGUGGUGAUCCGAAACCGGCUUCUUCUCCGAGGUCAGAUUGCGAAGGGGUCCAGCAGAGAAGCGGACCUUUUCCUGAGGAACUCCGGUUUCUACGGUACUCCCAGCGCCCACUGGUUCUCUUUUCUAAAGUAUGGCCGCCUCCACUGCAACCCGCUUCUCUGGCCUGGGUGCGCGCUCCUUCAGCGACUUUGUCGGCCUCGCGACAUUCCAGGGGCUCCGGGGAUGCCGGUCGCGAGCGCACCGCCACCCAAUCAGACAUUUGGCUUCCUGUGGCAUUGUCAUGACAAGAACUUCUAAAAGGGCUGUACAAGAUAUCGGGAGUCCAUGUAUUCAACAGUGUCGCAGCUUUCUGAGCUUCACUGGACCACUAACUAACAAGAGGAAGGAGUACUCCGAGCGUAGAAUUAUGGGGUACUCCAUGCAGGAGAUGUAUGAAGUGGUGUCUAAUGUGGAAGAAUACAAACUGUUUGUGCCCUGGUGUAAAAAAUCUACAGUCAUUUCCAAGCGCACUGGAUAUGCUAAAGCACAGUUAGAAGUUGGCUUCCCUCCCAUAUUGGAGAGAUAUACUUCUAUACUAACUCUAGUUCGUCCACACCUUGUUAAGGCUGUUUGUACAGAUGGACGUCUCUUUAAUCACCUUGAGAGCAUCUGGAGAUUUAGCCCUGGCAUCCCUGGAUACCCUCGUACCUGCACUGUAGAUUUCUCGAUCUCUUUUGAAUUCCGCUCACUGCUUCAUUCCCAGUUGGCCACGGUCUUCUUUGAUGAAGUUGUAAAGCAGAUGGUUGCCGCCUUUGAGCGGAGAGCAGGGAAAAUAUAUGGCCCAGAGACCCCAAUUCCCAGAGAGCUCAUGUACCAUGAGAUUCACCAGACGUGAUGACCACUGCAGGGUUACGUAGUAUGGGGAGAGACGAGAAGCAUCCGCUCCAACCAACCAACCAAGGACACUAAGCAGUGAAUACAAAAACAUGAGCCAAACUGCCUUGUGUACUCAUUGGGACUCCAGAGCUCAGAACCACACUUUUGUUUUGUUUAAAAAAACAGAUAUUUAUUUAAUUUCACAUCUAAUUGUGCUGCAAAAUAUAUGUCUAAGAUAUCAACAGUCUGUAGUCCACAGAGCAAGGCCAGUGUGUUGCACAGUCUCAGCUCUCAGAGUCAUUUUAAGAGUUUGUAUUCUUGUAUAUCUGUUUCUUUUUUUCCCUUUGCUGUAUUUUAAAAAAAAAAAAGUCUUAGAUUGAGUUGAAUGAGAGAAAAACAGACUGUUGUAUGAGAACACUGAUCUUUCUAUCACAAGGGAAAAAGACUUUUAACUUCAGAUGCAAUUGUAACCUUAGACAUAGGGCUGUGCUUGGAUCGACUGAUUUUUAUAUCCUUUUAAUAAGAGGAGGAAUCACUUACGUAGUCCAUCAACAGUAGGAUUUAUUUUAAACUUGCACACAUCUGCCCACCCCUGUGGUUUUUUUUUCCUUUUUAAUAUAAACAUAAGGCAGACAUCCUUGAACUGUUAGAUCUACAGAAGCACAAAACAACCCAUAUAGCUGAAGCGGUGCUUAUUCUUCAUACUAUGAUAUGGGUUGUGUUGUUCAGGGGUCUAGGUCAGGUCCUUAGCCAAUAAUAAGGUGCCAUUGCACCCUGCCUCAAUCCCUGGGUGCUGCAUUUCUAGUAUUAUGUUUAGUUCCAUUAAUUUGACAUUGAUCCAGCCACGUACACAUGCAAAGUAAAUCUAUAAUACUUUCCUUCCAGUAAUCCCUAUGCAAUAUAAUGUUGCCUGUUGUCCUAUACGUCGCAUGUUCUGUGCAGCUGCAGAGGAAAAUACAAAAAAGGGGAGAAUGAUGUAUUAAGCAGAGCAAUUUUUCAACAUGUGACUCUGCAAACACUGGACAAAUCUGGCCUUUUUUUUUUGUUUUUAAGUUAAACAAUUGGCAAAUUGAGAUUUAUGGCUUGAAUGAUACAACCCCAAAAGAAAAGCUUACAUAGGCCUGGAGACAAUUAGAAUCGGACCUCUUCUCAUCAACAGUCAUUGUUUACGAAUAAUGAAGUGCAAUACUGCCCCGUCCUUCACACGGCUGCUUUAUGAACUGCCAAGAGACCACUGACUGGAAAUGCAUUGUGGUUUGUGUUUCAGUGUGGUUAUAGGGAACAUGAAUCCCCUUGUUGCACUGUUGAUUCCUAAUGCAGCAAAGAGGAUACAUUCUACCAAGAACUCGCUUUUAACUAUUCGGUAUGGGCAGAUCGUCUGUUAACAUCCUAAAGACUGGAGGAGAGGUAACCAUGAAUUCACAGCUAACGCCAAGAUACUCCCUGACAUAAAGUGGGGCUAUUUGAGAAGAAAAGGUACAGCCCUGCUCCAAGAACAAGUUCUCUCACUGCCUUCUGCCUCUGAGUCACUGCUGUUAUUUCCUUUUUUUCAGCUUUAUCAAUGCAAAUGUUGCCUUCCGGUAAUACUCAGCUGUAUGGACAAACCAACAUAAACAGGGACUUUUAAAUACCAAUAAAAAGUUUGCAAAGGUGCACAUA